AUAUCUAAGAUAAACUUUUCUUGAGUAGCAAAACAUAUUUAAUUAUUUUUUUUUUCAGUGCAUAUUAAUACAUUGAAAAGUUGCCUAGCUCUUUCAUCAAAAUGAAGAUUUUAUUUGAAAUUUUUGUGUUAGUGGUCAGUUUUAUUUUGGUUGAAAAAGUUUCAGCCAUAGACUUCAGAAUAGUAGGAGGGAGCAAAGCGCCUGAGGAAUACGGCAAGUUUCACGCUUCCAUACAGAAUUUAACUCGUCAUCAUGUCUGUGGUGGUGCUGUGGUAUCUAAGUUCUAUGUGGUGACUGCGGCCCAUUGUGUGCACAGAGCAAAAGCCCCUCACAUGAAGAUCAUAGCAGGCACCAAUGAUUUAGAAGCGGGAGGAAAACAAUACAGGGUCGAAUCUAUAAUAGUUUACGAUGACUACAACUCGACAAGCAAAGAGCAUGAUAUAGCUCUUCUGCAAACGAAAAGACCAUUUGAUCUACGUUACAUACAAAUCUUGAAACUAUCGACAUAUCAUUUGUUUGAAGGAGACAGAGUUGUUUUAGUUGGAUUUGGGGCAAAGGAGCCGCAUGGAUCAUCAACCAGUAAAAUGUAUGCAUUGGAAUUGCCUGUAUUCAGUCAGCCAAUAUGUGAAUUUGCUAUGAGAUAUUCUACCCCUGUUACUAAAGACAUGUUCUGCACGUUCACGCAAAUUGGUCAAGGGACUUGUCACGGCGACUCCGGCAGCCCAAUAAUAAAAGGCAAUGAGCUUGUUGGCGUAGUGUCCUGGGGCAUUCCUUGCGCAGUCGGCUUUCCUGAUGUUCACACCAGAAUAUCCUCCUACGUCGAAUGGAUACAGAAACACAUAGAACGGAGUUACUGUAUUCCACCUAGAAGAAAUGGUUUGAAAUAAUUUCUUAUCGUGUAACUAUAUUGAUUGAUAAGUGUAAUUAUACAUAUUAUUGUUCUAAAAUGCAUUUCGCGGUUCAUAAUACUGUGAGUCUAUGUUAAUGCCUCUAAUAUACAGAAGCCAGUACACCAAGCUACUACAAUGUCAACAUUUUAUAAUAUAUAACUAUUUUCAUCUUUAUCUUUAAAGCAUAAGGUUCGUUUUUGAUUAGAAAAUUUGUACCGAUUAGAGUAACUUGAUAUGCUGGCGAAUUCUGAAAAAAUAGCCCUAAAACUUAUACGAUAGAUAUCACCAGAGUUAUCUUUCAGUUGUUAAACCAUUUAGAAGGUUAAAUAAAUAAAACCUCGCAGUUAAAAUACAAUUAUUUUAUUCAAAGCAUUGGUCACUUCACCUGUUUAAACUGCUUCAACUUCGACAUGUUAAUCUGAAAGCAAAAAAUAAUCUAAUUUCACAGAAGCGACUAAAAUUAAUCAAGCAACAUAAAUCAUCUUUAUCUGCAAGCAAAAAGUCACAAUAAAGGGUCCAAAGAACGAAUUGUAAUUAAUCAUUAUAAAAUACAUAAAGAUCCAUUUCAAAUCU